AUGGUUUGCCGUGAAUGGCGACGCGUGGUUCUCUCCACUCCAACCCUGUGGAACGACCUCCAUAUUCCAGUUGUACCUAGUGCUCACAUCAUUCCGACGCUACGCGCAUGGCUCGACUAUUCGCGACCAUUACCAGUGGACUAUGCCGUCGAUUUUCGCCACAGCUACAUCUCGUUAUCCUCUCAGAACAGCUACAUGAAGAUGAUGUGCGCUCAUGCACAACGAUGGCGCAAUGUCUACGUUGGUCUAAAUUAUGAGCAAUCGAUGGAUACUCUUGCCCGUCUUCUCAAGCCCGGGUCGCUCCCCAACCUACGGGAAAUCAGACUUCGACUCAAACCCGGUUAUAUCAGCGCCAAUUUUGAAGAAUUGGCUCAACAUGCGAGCUGGGCAUUGUUCACCGUAAUCAACUCCUGUGAAGCCCUUCAAACACUCGCAUGGGAGUGUAGCGCCAUCGAAUCCCUUGCGUCCCUCUCGAGUCGCUCGAUACGGCAUCUCUACAUAUCCUUGGAACUCGAGGAUGCACGGCAGCCAUUCCACGUAUCCACCCUGGAGAGGUGCUUUUCUCAAUGCCCGAGCCUGGUUUCGAUCAAUAUCCGUCUUUCCCUUGCGGCGGAGGCUAUAGUCAUCUCCGAUAGCGAGUCAAGCCCUCCAUUGCUUGUAUCGCACGUGUACACCCUCUCCGUCGUGACCUCAGACUUCAAUGUCCUUGCGUCUUUACUUGUCAGGAUACGGUUCUCCUGCGUCGAAAACCUCCACCUCUACGUUGGCACCGGCGGUGAUGCGUCUCAACUCGCUCAUCGUUUCCAUACACUCUUCCUCGACAGCAGUUCCUCUUUGAAGAAGGUCGAACUCGAUUCCGAUGAAGUCAUCAGUCAUCCGCACCUCACAUCUGCUCUCACUAGCCUUCCCAACCUUACCUCCCUCAUUUUCCACAAUAUCUACAACCCCACCUUGCUCAUCGGCCUCUUCAAAGCCCUCACCCUACGAUUCUCACCGUCUGGACGACUACUUUCCUCGCAGAACGUCGCCCUCGAGCAUAUUUCGCUAGAGGUUUGUUAUACUACAGUUUUAGAUGCGUUCGAGAUCAAACCGGAGACGGCCCAGCCAAUGAUUGAGGAUUUUUUCGCCGUGUUAGUCAACCUUGUCCUCUCGCGGCGGAAACUGCCCGAGAAUGCUGUCUCGUUCGAAGGGAGUGAGGUUCAUCCCCUCGUAACCUUCGAGGUAGGGGAGUUCUUCGUCGAUAUCUACAAGCACAAUUAUGCGUCGAUAUGGCCGGAGAGAUGGCCGAUUAUCGAACAAGGAUGGAAAGACAUGGAUGGUAUAGUGAAAUUUCCUCCGUCAGAGGAUGACUCUGAGUAG